CGAAGCAUUCUGAACGCUUCUCCUCAUGCAUUCAGCAACCAUUCUACGUAGGCCUUUUCUGCGGAACAAACUCGGUACUCUGAACUCAGUGCUUGCCAUCUCAUGCGCCACCAUGCAUAUCCAGUCGAUUCCUAUGUGGGUGGGCAGUAGCAACAACUACGCCUACCUUGUCUCGGACGACAAGAGCAAAGAUGCAGUCAUUAUCGACCCUGCCAACCCUCCUGAGGUCGCUCCGGUUUUGAAAGCGGCUAUCGAGAGCGGCAAGAUCAACCUGACAGCGAUUGUGAAUACUCACCACCACUGGGACCAUGCGGGCGGAAACCAGAAGCUCAAAGCCGAGCUCAACCUCCCCGACCUGCCCAUCAUUGCCGGCAAGGAUGCCGAGGGCGUCACCCAGACACCCGCAAAUGGCGCAGGCUUCCAGAUCGGGAGCAUCGCCGUCAAGAGUCUGUACACGCCGUGCCACACGCAGGACAGCAUUUGCUGGUUCAUGGAGGACGGCGGGGACAAGGUUGUCUUCACGGGCGACACGCUAUUCCACGCCGGGUGCGGCAAAUUCUUUGAGGGCAACGCCGAGGAGAUGAACACGGCGCUGAACAAGACGCUCGCGAGCCUGCCGGACGAUACCAAGGUCUUUCCUGGGCAUGAGUACACCAAGAGCAAUGUCAAAUUUGCGGCGUCGGUGCUGCAGAACGAGGCGCUGAAGAAGUUGCAGAAGUUCUCAGAUGAGAACCAGGAGACGCAGGGCAAGUUUACUAUUGGGGAUGAGAAGCAACACAACCCGUUCAUGAGAACAAGUGAUCCGGACAUGCAGAAGGCCACCGGCAAGACUGACCCGGUGGAUGUUAUGCACGCGCUGCGAGAGAUGAAGAACAACUUCAAGUGAGUACAACCGAGACCAAGGAGGUCAGCUGUGCAGCCAAGCCAGUCACGGCUAAGUCGUGGCAGAGAGCCGAAUGAGUCCAGGUUAUGAGAAAAGGCAUCACAGGCCCUGCUGUGGACUUCACAGAGCGAGCGCGUUUUCAAAAUGAAUGAACGAGAAUGUAAAUCUUGUUGCUGCUACUUGAAAAGAUGACAAUAGCAAAUAGAUGUGAUGUGAUGAUGUCUCCAUGUCAAGAGCAGUCACCAGCCUCUGGGAUGAGGGUCAGGCAACAUCGACCGAGUGAUGGAAAGCUAGAUGCUUGGGUUUUUGCUCUUGCUUCACUGUCCACACUUGUCCGUCCUGGUGUAUUAUAUACGGAAACGGCAAGCUCUAGCAUAUUUUGAAGCUUUUUUUUCGAGGUACUUGUUGUCUGUAUCAUCACGUACAUCCCAUCCG